AUGCAACGGAGUGCAAACAAACCCAGAAGUGAAGUCGAUCUUCGUGAAAUUCGCUCGAUCAUCUCAGGGUUAAGAGAGAUCCACAAAAAUUUCGAAUUUGUCAAAACGGCUUUGAGUCAUGCUGUCACCUAUGAAAAACACGAAGGCGACGUACGGAUUGAAAAGAAGAAGAACGAGGCUCAAAUGUCUUGCUAUUAUAUCCUGAGUGGGUCGAUAGAAGCUUUUUACACGGUCAGGAAUAAUAGCUGGAGUCUGCCACAUAAGGAGAGGACGAUUUCUUAUACAAAUGUUGCAGGCGAUUACAUAGGACAGCUCUCAGCUGAUGGGCCAAAUUUUGAUUUACCCUCCCCGGAGUCAAUGAAUACUAUAGGGCAUUGCGAGUUUCUACGAAUCGACAGAGCCGUGUUCCACGAAAAGAUACAAGAGGCUCAACGGUUGUUUCGGAACGAAAUAGUGCAAUUCUUAAAUGAGACAACAUUCCUUAGCAAGAUUACUGAAGAAGAUAGGGCGAAGCUCGUGUUGCAAAUGGCUAAACAGGUAGGAGAAUAUUUCAAAUAUAUGCAAGUUCAGGCUGAAUGUACGGAUAGAAUUCCCCCUGCUGGAAAACAGAUCUUGUAUCAAGGACAGAAGCAAGAACAUGCAUUUUUCGUAGCAAAAGGGAGAUGCGUGUAUCAUCGACGAAUAUAUCUUCCAGAACAAAACCGAAGUGAGCUUUUUAAAAUGGGAUACAUCGAAAGAGGCUCGUAUUUUGAUGCUACUUGCAUCCUUGAUGACCAAAAUAGCAGGUUUUCGGUGAGUGCUGUUGGACCAGUGACAUGUUAUUUACUGAACAAGUGGACGAUAAAAAAUAGUGAAAGUCUGCUACGAGCUUUCGCCACCAACAGACCGUCAUUUCCGACUGAUAAGGAAAUAGAAUGCUUAGUAAGAGAAAGUGAUGAAUGGCAAAGUUAUAAACGAGAUGCUGUGUGCGAUGCUUUUGUCACAAAACAGAAAGCAACCUCCAGAAUCGUACCUCAGAGUAAUAUACCACCAGCACUGGACGCAGCAAUCAAACACGGAAUAUCGUUAAGACUAGAACGACGUAAGGACAUGAUCAGUACUCCAUCUGAUGACUUGGAUCUAAGUUCGCGAAGAUCCCGGGCAUCUUCGUCACAGUCGAGAGAAUCCACAGUUAAGGACAACACUACAUCUGUCUUGAAAGCCGUGAUGUUGAUGAAACGAUCCCGUGGCUCUAUUCAAAAGGACAACAGUGAAGAUAUGCUUUCAUCUUCUAAUCAGCACCAUGGAAAUAGAUUGAAGCCAAGUUCAAAGAGAGACGGUUUGCAUUCCGCGCCAGAACUAAAACAUUGGAAAGGUAAGAAUUAUUGCAAGGUGGAUGGGAAAAUAAGCAUGACAGAACUGAAAGGAAAUGGGCAAAGACAAACGCGGAAGCAGUAUGAAAACUCCAGCUCAAACCUCGUUCACAAAAGAAGCAAAACUGUUGCUAGGAGAGGCAUAUCUUCUAAAGCAUUCUCCGCUGAAGAACUACUUUGCAAACAAGACAGGAAUAGACCAAAGACCGUACCAAAUGGGAACCCGCAGACACUCAAUGGUAACCCUGCUUCAAACCAAUGUUCUUUCACGAGGAUUAAGAAAAAGAACGGCAGUCAACUGGAAGCACGUGGAGAUGACCGCCCCAGGUCGACGCCAACCUCGCACGCGCGUGGCCAGGAGAAAAAGGGCGUGUUUGACGAUCGAUGGGUGACGCAUGAUAAGAAAUUCAAAGUCAAACAGAUUGUAAAUACACGAAUUCCAGGGAGGGAAAACCCGGUGGAAGACCAGUACCGGCGAUUCGAACCCAGUAUGUUUACGUACCUCGAUACUAUCAAUAAUUUUGACAAGGAAAAAGAGAUCGACCCGUGCGGAGCAAAGCUCAAGUCUGCUAUCUGGUUAAAGAAAGCCAAAGAGAAGCUGGCAACGGGAGGUAGGGAUUAUAAUCCCGGGAGAAGUCCUAUCAUUGUGAUUGAAGAGUUUUGUGCCGGGAAUGAGGGAACAUGGGAUGAGGAGAGUGGGUAUGAGUCACAUGGAAAGAAAAAGAUCAAAGAUAGCGCAGCAAGUAUGGAGAUGUUACUGGAAGACAGUGAUAAAGAAAAUGUGGCAGAAGAAGUGAGAAAGGAUGAGUGGAUCACGUCUGUGCAUGAAACACGUCACGAGGCAGAACAUUGUAUCGAACAAGCGAGAAAUGACAUCGAGAUGUUGGAGAAGAAAUUAUUCCAGCUUGGCUGGACUCCUGAUAUGCUGAACGAGAAGGAGAGGAUACGAAAUGAAAGACGAAAACGAAGUUGCAGAAGUAGCAAUGAAGAUAUGCUGGAAGAGGAUGUUGAACCACAGCGAAAGAUCGAUAUCACAAAAACAAAACAGCCGCAACAGAGAAAACACAAGAUGAUAAAACGUCAAGAUUCCAUUCAGAAGAUACUAGAGAAGAAAGAUCUUAUCAGAAGGCAUCAAAGUUGGUCAGAGGAAGAAAAAACGCCGAACCGGAAACCGACAUUAGUGAAACGUUACUCAACAGGUUCCGCAAUAACAGGAAACUGUGCUCAGUCUCGGACAAGAAUCCUAAGAACAAGAACGUCAACAGUCUCAUAGAUGAAAGACCUUAUUGAAAAACUCAUUUUCGCUCUCAACUGUGGAUAAUGAACAUUGUUCUAGUACAGACCAUAAUUGAAUUUUAAAC